GAUUUCAAUCAGUUUAAUCCCGUCAACGGUUUCGGCAAGAUGGUUAAACUAAGUUGGUUGCUUGUUGUUACAGUUGUGGUUUGCUACGGAGGGGUGUCAGAGGCCCGAAAGAAGAACCUCCCAAAGGUCGAUGUUACCGGCUAUGGAACGGUCCAAGGUGUAAUCAAAACAACUACCUGGUCAGAGAGGAAGUAUCUGAAAUUCAAAAAUAUCAAAUAUGCAGCUAGCCCUGAACGAUUCAAGCCUUCAGUACCAUUCGUUCCUGGAGCACCAAGUAAUGACGCCCACAUCACAUCGUCAGAAGAGGAACGUGAAAAGGACGGUGUUGUGAAUUGGUAUAAAUCUAAGAAUCUAUUCUGUCCAUCACUCGAAACACUGCAUGAUUUCAAUUUGGACGAUAUAGAUGAGGAUCCAGAUAUGGAGGAUUGCCUUUUCCUAUCUGUAUCUACCCGAAACAGAACGGGUAAUCAGCCAGUUAUGGUAUACUUGGCAGGAUAUGAUGUUGUUCGGAAAGAAAGCGAUCUUCGCGAAGCUGUUCCACAUUAUCUACUGGAAAAAGAUGUUGUGUUGGUUGCAGUUCAAUACCGAGUUGGGCCAUUUGGCUUUCUUUCAACGAUGACUGAGGAUAUGCCCGGGAAUGUUGGUGUUCUUGACAUAAUUGAAGCACUUCGCUGGGUUCAGAAAUAUAUAAAGUACUUUGGAGGCGAUCCUACUAGGGUUACAUUAUUUGGCCAAUAUCAUUCAGCUGCAAUUAUCAAUGCUCUCACAAUGAGUCCGUUAUGUGAAAAGGAACCUCUUUUCUCCCAAGUCAUCUACCAAUCAGGGUCGGCGUUACUAGAUGGCAUUGCUACAGACAAGCCUAUAGAAUGCCUGAAGCAGAUGGGAGUUUCCUUAAAAUGUACAUCAAGUGACGACCUGGCACAAUUGGCGAAAUGUUUAAAAGCAGCAAAGCCUCUUGACUUACUGAGGGCGUAUUCAGAAUAUUUGGAUGAAAUGAAAGAAUUCCCGUUCCUUACUGUCGGAGGUCCUAGUGGCGUUUUAACCGACUUCCCAAGCAAGUUACUCGAAAAUGGAAAUUUCAGAGGAUAUCCUACCAUCGGAGGAAGCGUCAAACAUCCUGGAGUAUGCAAUGCGAUGAGAGACGUGAAUAGUACAACUUUCCGUACUGAGUACAAAACGAACUUGGAUUCAUUGAAAAAACUAUUCGAAUCGAUCGGCACUAAAAAUGAGGAUCAAAUCAAAUACGUUGAUGAGAAGUUCCCAAACAAAAUUUUCUUCAACAAUAUUUUCAAAGCAGUUCUUCCUGCCAUAAUCGAUAUCAAAGGCCUCGACAUUAAAUAUGCAACCAGCCAUGCCCUCAAACACAAUGCCGACAAAGGAGCACCAUCGUUCUUAUAUGCUUUCAACUAUUUCGGAUUCUUCAGCCGUUUGGAUUGUGCGAAGGAAGUUCUCAAUGAUGUAUCCUUGGCGGAUGAUAGUAUUUAUCUAUUCCCAUAUCCUGAGAAAGUUGAGAAUCUUACAUGGAAAGACAUAAAAAUGGCGAAGUUCAUGGUUAAUCUGUGGACGUCAUUUGCUGCUACUGGAAGCCCUUCUGCUCCAGGACUACACAAGUGGCCAAUUCUAGAGAAAGGAAAUUUCGGACCCUAUUUGGGUAUUGACUUCAUCUACAAAAUGGGCUUCGAUUAUUCGCAGGAAUACUUCGUAACUCUGAAAGAUCAGAUGAAAUCUAUUAAUAUUUAUGAUAACGAUGUUUAAAUAUAGAUGAAAUGGAAAAUGA